CACGUUGUUACACGUCCAACACUCCUAAAAACAGGGAAGAAGCAAAACAUCCCCGCUUCACUCAGUUACUUACUUAGUUACGGUGAAGUUGAGUGACGCUCUGAGACGCUUGCUUGCUGUCCUACGCGUUUUGCUUACGAAAGGUAGAGGAUGACAACAUCCUAGAACGCCUACAGGAGCAACAGGUCAUCAUAAUGAGCUCUAAAGGAAUCUUCUUCCUUUGUGGCAUCCUCUCUAUUCUCUACCUGGUGUCUAAGGGACGAAGUGAAAGAUGUGAGUGUCCAGUAGCCACCGUUUUGACUAGGUUUCCUUCGAGUCUGCUUAAUGGCACCUGCUGCCUGAACUUUACUGGCUCAUUGUUUAACCAUGUGCCUUGGGCAGCUGUCAACUAUGCAACAGAACUUAAAAUUCUGGAUCUGUCUUUUUGUAACCUCACUCAAAUCGACUCCAUCACUGUGGGGUCUACGCCUUCUUCAUUACAAGAGCUGUACCUGGGUCAGAACCAGCUGACCACAGUGCCUCAUGACUUUCUCAGUGAUGCCUACAGUUUGCAGGUUCUGGAUUUGGGGAACAACCUUCUGGAGGACCUGCCGGCAGAUUUCCUGCAGAAUGCAAAAUCAUUAAGAGUUCUGCUUCUCAGUGGGAACCGUCUUCAUUCCCUCCCCAGCUCGGUCCUUAGACCCUCGCUUCAGCAGCUGGAUCUGGAAGACAACCCUUGGGCCUGUACGUGUUCUCUUGUGGAAGAGCUCCAGGGUGCUCCUCGACGCAACUUCAGCACCUUGGAAGGCUUAGUGGGUAACCUGACCUGUGUUUCUCCACAGAGCAUGACAGGCAGGUCGGUGUGGUCUGUGCAGGCCAGGGAGGUAUGUCGCCUGCCGGGUCUCACGGCCCUCUUUAUUGUCCUGCCACUCCUCCUCCUCCUGGGCUUGGUGCUCUGCUGGUGCUGUGGCAGGCAAGGGGAGAGGAAGGAGACCCCAGCCUUCAGCACACCCCGAAAAAAGCCUGCCAAACCAGAGUGGAAUGGGCACUGGCCACGGGACAAAUCAUCCUCUGGAGAGAUACCGGUGGAUGGAGAGAUCACGAAAAACCAGCUGAUGCUGCGGCCUUCCUCCACCCUCUUGGGCAGCACAAGAGACAUCUAUGAGGAGGUGGAGGUCAAGCUGGGCUCCGUGGACUCCCUGGGACCUCCACCCUCCACCUCAUCUGUGGAGGGCAGAGCCAUCAGGGAGGAAAACCAUGAACUGGGCAGCAAGCAAGACCUGGAGACAGUCAGCGUGUCUGAAGUUAUGAAGGACUCAGCUGAUCGAGAGAAAGCUUACAUGACCCAACCAACCAAAUACUACAGCCUGGUGCCAGGGCUCGAACUUGAAGACUCAGACCAUGGCGAGUAUGAGAGUGUGGAUCUUUCAUGACUCUCUGGAUGGUGUUUGCUCUUGGUCAAGAACUUUGAGAUCUGUGUGAUCACACAUUGAACAUUUACUACUGAGCUCUGGGGCCCUUCUGGAAGAGUCUAAUUCACAGUGGUAAUUAGGGAGGUUUCCACUACACUGGCAGUUCAGUAUCAUUCGUGUAAAAACUGCAUUUAUGUUAGCUACUGUUGUAAAAUAAUGCGCACAGGGUGUACUAGGAAGGAUUAUUGAAUUUCCGUUGUGUAGAUAAUCUGUGAACUGGUUAUUAGCCCUAUGAGUGCUGCAGUCUAACCUUUCUGUCCUUCUACUGUUUUAUUUAGGACAAACUGUUUCUUAUUCGUUUACAACUUUGGUUCACAGUCACAGUCCUGGGGGACCACUGCAUUGCCUGACUUAUUGUUCUCCCUCAUUUAACACAUCUUAAUUAAUUUAUCAGCUAAUUAUCAAACCUGUGUAAUCAGGUGUAGUCGGACAGGGAAAAGAGUUUAGAGGGCCUCCAGACCUUGACUCAAGAACCACUGGAUAAGGAAAGUCACCUCUGUGUAACUUAACAUGUAACUCAUGUAACCAAUGUGGUUUUUCAUUUUGUGUUCACUGGUGUCUACACAUGCAUGUGAUGUUAUGACUGUUGUUAUGACUAAAGCACAGCUGUAGACUCUCAUCAGAUAUACACACAUUGAGGACUAAUCAUGUUAGUAACCACAGGCAGACCAAUACAGUGCAUGCAUUCAUUGAUUAAAGCAGACCCAGUGACCCUAUUCAAAUCAAAUCAUGAGGCUUUGCAGAUAAGUCAAUCCUGCUCACUGAAUGAAAGAUAAUGUAAACUGAUUUGAGUGGUUGGAGUGAAUAGGAAGGAACCAAUCGUCCACUACAAAGCUCUUUUGCAUCAGUAUGUGUUUUGCUACAACAUUUUCUCACCUUCAUCUUAAGGAACAUAACAUUUCAACUUUGCUUUUCAAGAGGUAUGGAAAAAGGUCCACUGAGGUGCUAUUUGUAGACAUCUUAAACUAGUUUAGUUCAAGACUCAUAUAUAGAGCACUGUAAGCAUGUGUUUAAAUGUUAUAGGUUGCUAGUAUAUUAUUUAACAGAUUUAUCAGUAUUGCAUAGUAACAUUUAGAAACGAGAUCCACUAUAGUUAAAAAAACAGGUUUCUCAGAUGAAGGCAAGCAUAAACUGGUUUCACCAUCCAGGAAUUCAUAAUUGUUAAAUAAUAAAUCAACUGUGUCUAUUAAGUAAAGAUUUAAGUAAAAAGUAAGUACACUUAAAGCCCUGCUCAAACCCACAAUGUCACAAAAUAUACAUAACCCAUUCAAGACCCAACUAGAAUGCUUUUUCUGGUAUAAUUAUUCAAAAUCAGUCCCCUAAAAGCAAAUAAAGAAAGCCAAAAUGACAUUAUUUACACAGCCAGGUGGUUAUGAAUGUCAUACCUACUGCAAGUUAAAACACACCCCAAAAAAUAAUCUAUGAUCAAAUCAUCCUGACUGGGGGUUUUAAGAUACAACUUUAUAGUGUUUUCUUUCUGAUUGCUUCCUAAUGUCUGUGUUUGAAAUAGCCUACUAUAUACUGCUCACAUACUGAUUGGGCCCCAAAUUAGUAUGCCAAAAUAAAAUUUUCAAGUAGUCAUCAGAUUCCCAGAUUACAUACCACCCCUACCAAAUAUUCCAGCGCUAUCAUGCAACAGUGACAGAAAAUCUUUCACAAGUAAGUGAACCUUCAUACAAUCACUUGACCUUGUAGUAUGCACUGCGUUUUCAUAUACUGGAUACUGUACUGCAUAUGGCAUAGUACUAUGGAAACAAAUAUGCAGUAUACAGUAUAUACUGAAUGUGUUUGAACUUGCAGUAUGCACUAUACAGUAUGUAAUAGGCUAUUUCAUACAGUGUCAAUAUUUUGUGGCAACAUUUUCUAUUCUAUUGGCUCCAUUUCAAUCUCUAAACAAAGUAGGAAAAUAUACGGAGCAAACCGAAGCUCUUAAAAAGGUCAUCAAAAAAUGAAAAACUUGCAAGUACUCUGUAUAUGUAAUAGAUUUGAAGUUUUUUUUUUUUUUGGAUGCUAUAUAAUACUGUUUCAUUAAACCACAAUGUUGGCCUUAGAUGCUAACACUAAUAAGAUGAAAGUGAUACUUGUUGAUUGGUGACAUUUGUUGAUUUUAAUUAAAAAACAAACAAACAAACAAACAUAAAACCUUAAAAGUAGUUGGCUCACCCUGGUUCAGCUCUAAUUUGAACCUUCUCCUAAGCAGUUUAAUCAAGUGUAAGCUCACUGGAAUGGCUCUGAUUUGACACUCUGCCAUUCCAAAACACUCUUCUCUGUGUCUUUUCUCUGCCUUGGUCCAGCUGUCAACCACUUCAUUCAGUAGCAUCUGAAAUAAUUCAGUAGCUCUGGACUUGUGUUCCAAUUUCACUCUGUUUAGGAGGUUGUAAUUAUAGCACUCAAUUCUGGAGUCCCUUUAGGUCUGAUGCCCACACAUCCUGCUCAGCAGCCAUCUCUACCUGCCCUGCCCAAAGAGACUGGCAUUCAAAGGAAGUUUUUUGAUUAUUUGUUUGGGUGGAGGCUCUCCAUUUUGCAGCAUUACUCCCACAGAUGCAGUUUUGUUGUUAAACUCUGUAAUUGUAAACUGACACAGUGAUCUGAAAAGGAGGUGUUUCAGGCAUGUUUCCCAACUCAGAUUCAAAGAUGAAGCUCAAGGUGCAAAAACAAAUAGUGGAUAACCUAGAAACCUGUUCUGAAGCAGAGACAAAAGUGAGCCAAUUUAUUUCAGCCACUGGUACUUGGCUGCAAUCCUGAAGAUUUUAUACAGAGUUUAGUUCUAUUCUUAAUCUAACACACCUGAUCAGGUUAAUAAAGUUUAUUAUUAGAACUAAGUGUAUUAGAACUCUG